AUGCAUGAGCACCAGAACAGCUGUGAUGAGCUUCGGCGACGGCAACCACGGCGCUCUGGGGUUACCCACGUCCUUAAUGGGCCUGGUGUCGACGCCUACGAGCCCACACGGGUCCCUUCUCUCCCUUCCGACAUCACCGCCGUCACCGCCGGCCAUUAUCACUCCCUGGCGGUCACCUCUCAAGGUCAGCUUUGGGCCUGGGGAAGAGACCUCGAGGCCCAGCUCGGCCGUGGUGGUCCUUCUCCCAGAGAUUCGUGGAAUGAACCGAGGAGAGUAACGGGAUUGGAUCGAGUAAAUGUGUGUUCUGCAUUUGCGUCUGGUGUCAUUUCUGCGGCUAUUGGAGAUGAUGGUUCUCUGUGGGUUUGGGGAAAGUCGAAGCGUGGCCAGCUUGGUCUGGGAGAGCAAGUCAUGGAGGCUGUGGUGCCUUCCCGAGUUGAAGCGCUUGCCGGUGAGAAAAUUACUAAGGUUGCACUUGGUUGGGGGCAUGCUCUUGCAUUGACUGAGGAUGGAAAGUUGUUUGGUUGGGGUUAUUUUGCUGACGGUAGGAUUAAAGAAUUUUUGGAGACUUCUCAACUGGAAUCUACUUGA